UGAAGGCAAAGGAACAAAGAAAGAUCAAGACUCAGUGGCUGCUUUAGACAAAAGGAAAGUGAGAAGAGUCAAAGUCCCUUGUGAUGGAGAAAUUUAAGGCUGCUGUCUUGCUGGCAGGGGUAGGGGAUGCUCUUGGUUAUCGAAAUUUCACCCGAGAAAACAGUGCUUUAGGUGCAAAGAUCCAAGAGGAACUAAAGGAAAUUGGAGGACUUGAGAACCUGGUGCUGUCUGGAGACAAAUGGCCAGUGAGCGACAAUACCCUCAUGCACAUGGCUACUGCAGAGGCUGUCAUCACAGAUUACUGGUGUUUAGAAGACCUGUAUCGUGAUUUGGUAAAACACUAUGUUGAGAUUAUUGACAAACUUCCAGGGAAAUGGUCAGACCCCGCUACCAUUGAAGGUUGCUCACAGUUAAAACCAGAUAACUAUCUCCUAGCUUGGCAUACACCGUUUAAUGAAAAGGGUUCUGGAUUUGGAGCCGCUACAAAAGCCAUGUGUUUAGGGAUGAAAUACUGGAAGCCUGAGAGGCUAGAAACUCUUAUUGAAGUGAGCAUCGAGUGUGGACGAAUGACUCAUAAUCACCCUACAGGCUUUUUAGGGUCCUUUUGUACAGCUCUGUUUGUAUCAUAUGCAAUACAAGGAAAACCACUUGUGCAGUGGGGAAGGGAAAUGAUGAAGGUGGUCCCAAUGGCUGAAGAAUAUUGCAAAAAGACCAUUCGACACAUGGCAGAAUAUCAGGAGCACUGGUUUUACUUUGAAGCCAAAUGGCAGUUCUAUUUGGAGGAGAGAGAAAUCACUGAAGAUAAUCAGAAUAAACCCGUCUUUCCUGAUAAUUAUGAUGCUGAGGAGAGAGAAAAGACUUACAGGAGGUGGAGUUCUGAAGGACGGGGUGGAAGAAGAGGCCAUGAUGCUCCCAUGAUUGCAUACGAUGCUCUUUUAGGAUGUGGUGGUGACUGGACAGAACUUUGCAACCGAGCAAUGUUCCAUGGGGGUGAGAGCGCAGCCACUGGAUCUAUUGCUGGCUGCUUGUAUGGAUUGCUUUACGGCCUGAACAAGGUUCCCAAAGGCUUGUACCAGGAUCUUGAACUGAGGGAGAGGCUAGAAUACUUGGGCGAGUCUCUUUACCGACGAUCCACAGAGGAAAACACUAAAUGUACAAAGUUUUGUGAUGAUAAGCUGCUGAUAGAUCCCAUGGUGCUGAAGAAGAAGCUAAAUAGGAUGGCAACAGAACCAGGGGCUUUUGCUGUCCUCAGCAGCCUGCUGCUUUACAUCACAGACCUCGCGGCCUGCGACCCACAGAUGCCGAGGAAGAAGGCAAAAUGGGCAGAAGGCAAAGGAAGCAAGGUGAUUUGUAAUCCUGAAUGCCAAAGUGCAAACAAGAGCAAGCGCCCCACAAGAUUCCAGCUUUUGCAAUCCAAGUUCAUGAAUAACAAUCGCGAACCUUACAUAAAGAAGACAAGAGAAGUUGGCAAACUAAUCGUUAAAGAAAAGCAGUGGGUAAACAGGGGAUGUCUAAAUGCCACUGUUAACAAAUUAGACAAAAAUAAGGAAAAAAAAGGAAGUGGUCAAGCACCAGAAGAGAACAAAAAGAUAAUGCCCAAUGAGAGGGUCAAGUGGAAUGGUCUGAGUGGGAAAAAUACAGUGAAAAACAUUCUGAAGAAAUUUUUAGCUGCAGAGGAGAAAGAAACUAAGGAGAACACUUCUGUCUGGAAAAAGAAAGAGCCAAACAGCAAUUUGCCAAAAAUAAUCAGCAGGAAUUCUGUUUUCUCCAAACUGAAGGAAAAGUUUGAACAGGCAAGUUCUGUUUGUUCAGCCACGGAGGCGAAAACUUUGCUGUUGCGCAAAGGUGAGAAAAAUAAUACAAAGGUCCCAAGUAGAACACCUAUUCACAAACCAGAGGUCACAGUGCUACACACUGUGACAGCCACAGUUCUAAAUAGCCCUCAGUCCCAGUAUUUAGUGUGUACCACCGCUCCAAUGCCUAGAUUCAGUGUUGUGACUGAAAUUAGCCAUCCUUGGAGCUGGUUGACAAACAACACUGAUAGUAAUCAGCCUUUUGAUCUUGGCACUCAAAUGGGAGAGGUGAGUGACUCUGACAGCAAACAUGAUAUUAAGCCUGGUAAGAAUGAAAUGCCAGAAAAUAGGGCACAAGACAGAGAGUACAAAGGACAGAUGCAAACUGUACAAUGUGUAAUGCCCAAGGUCAUGACUGACAACAAGGACAGUGCAGAGACUAAAAUAGAUUCCACAAACCAAGGACCUGGUUUCCUUCCUAAUCUAGACUGCUCUUCUACUUUCUGUAAAAAUAAAGCCCUUGCAGAGCGCAUUCCUACCUUAUCUAAACCCACCCUAUCUCACAAGGGGAAGAGCACAUUAGCUGGAUUUGAUACAUCUUCAUUAGGAGAUAAUAAAGCUGCUCAAAAUGUUAGGGAAGACAAUCCAUCUACUAACUUGCCUUAUUCUGGUAUAGCUGAAGGAUCCAGUGGACACAGUCCCCAGGAUAUUAAAGAGGUUGAUAUUCCUAAAAUAACAGUGAAUGCAUGCAGUUCAAAGGAGACAGAAAUAGUGUUCUCAGAGUCAGAAAAAGAUCCUCUCUUCACAAGCCAAAAAUGUUUCCCGGAGGAGAAACUAUCGGAAAAUAUUCCAUUGUUUUGCUCCCCAGUAGCUCAGGCAUCUCAGAAUGUAGUGCCUCCAAAUGAUGACCUGCAGUUAACUGUCAAAAUACCAGUUACUGACAAAAUUCCACCACUGAUGCCCAGGCAAGAAAAUGCAUCAGAUUUUAAAGGCAAACAUUCCAAAGCUGCUGUAAAAAGAGAGAAAUUUCACUGUAAACAGGAAAUAUUUCCUAGUUCUAGAAAAAAUGAUUGCAAAAUCACAGCUAAGCAAGAAAAGGAGCCAGCCAUAAACCCAAACAAGCUGUCUGAUUGUCAAAUGCAAACUGAACAAAUAACCCAGGAAUCACAACCACAUCUAACGCUCAGCCAACAAAAUAACAUUGAUAAUUUCAGCACUAAUGUAUCAAAUCCGACUAUGAAUCAGACAUACCAAGUACGCUCAUCAAAUGAUUCAAAGAAGGAAAAAAGUGGUAUUGUAGAAGGAAAGCAUAUCUGCUCUGAUUUUGAAAAGGACCAAGGUCCAUUGUCAAGUUAUUUAAUGAAGCACAGGUGUUAUAUUCCAGAAGAGAAUGUUGGGAAGGACCAAUUAUCCUCAUCAAAUGAAAUGACAAGUCAGGAAAACAAUACUGCCAGAGAAAGGAGUACCUUGUGUCAUCUGGAGACUUAUCAAAUGCCAUCAAAGUAUUUCAUGAAGCAUGAAAGUGACAUUGCAGAUGAGAAUCCCUGGCCUAAUUCUGAGACAUGUCAAUCAUUCUCAUCAAAUUAUUUAACAAAGCAUGAAAACAGUGCUACAGAACAAAGAACCUGGCAUGCUAUUGAAAAGCCCCCAAUCCCAUCAUCAAAAGAUUUGGUGAAAGAUGAAACCUAUAGUGUAGAAGAUAAGAAGGCUUGUCAUAAUUCUGAUAAGUACCAAUUACCUUAUUCAAAUGAGUCAGCGAAGCAUAAAGAUGAUAUUAUAGCAAAGAAUACUAUGUAUAACGGUGAGAAUUACCAGACACCACCAUCAUCAAGUGAUGUCAUAAACCAUGAAAAUAAUACAGCCAAAGAGAAGAAUAUCCAUCAUGUUUUUGAGAAAAAUCAGUUACUCUCACCAAAUGAACUGGGGAAGCAUGAAAAUAAUACUGCAGAAGAGAUAAGUCCCUUGAGUAACAUAGAGAAAUCCCAAUUACCCUCAUCAAAUGCACUGGUGAAGCCUGAAAAUAAUACCGUAGUAGGGAGCAUCCCCUUGAAUAACUGGAAAAAGUACCGACUACCCUCACCAAAUGAAUCAGAGAAGCAUGAAAAUAAUACUGUGGUAAAAACAAGACCCUGGCGUAAUCUGGAGCAGGACCAACUGCCAAUUCCAAAUGAUGCUCUGAAUUAUGAAAAUGAGACGAGAGGUGAGAACUUUGAGAAAAAACAGUUUCCUUCCUCAAAUGAAAUGGUGACACAUGAAAAUAAUAGUGCAAGUGAAAGAAAUAACUUACAUAAAUAUGAAGAGUACCAAAUGCUGUCAUCAGAUGAUGGCUUGAAGCAUGAAAAUGAUACAAUCGUAGAGAAGAAUGCUACUGCAACAGAGAGAAAUACCUUGUGUAACUCUGAGAUGUGUCAAAUACCAACAUCAGGUGAUUUUAUGAAGCAUAAGGAUGAUAAUGCAAAAGAGAAGAAUUCUUCUAGUUUUGAGACAUGCCAAUUACCAGUAUCAAAGAAUAAAAUUAACACUCCAGGACCGAGAAAUACUUUGUGUAACAUCAAAUACCAAAUGCCAUCAAGAGAUUUAGUGGAAAAUGAAUAUGACACAACAGAAGAGGAAAACGCCUGUUGUAAUACUGAGAAAUACCAACUGUUCUCAUCCCAUGAAUCAAUGAAACAUGAAAAUAAUGCUGCAGAGGCAAGAAAUAUCCAGAGUAACUUUAAGAGUUACCAAAAGCCGUCAUCAAGAAAUAUAGGGAAGCAUGAAAGUAAAACUGUCCAAGAGAAGAGUACCAAUCAUAAUUUUGAAGAGUACCAGUUACUCUCAAGAAAUGCACCACAGAAGCAUGGAAAGAAAGCUGCAGUAGAGAGAGAUACCUUGUGUAACCCUAAGAACAAUCAAAAACCAUCAUCAAGUUCAUUGGUGAAGCAUGAAAAUAAUGUUACAGUAGAGAAGCAACAACAAACACCAUUGUCGGAUGAUUUUGUGAAGCAUGAAACUGAAACUGUGGAAGAGAAGAAUAAACAUCAUAGUUCUGAGAAGUACCAGUUAACCUCAUCAAAUAAAUUGGUCAAGCAUGGAAAAAAUACCACAGUAGAGAAAAAGCAACAAAUACCAACAUCAAAUGAUUUUAGAAAGCAUGAAACUAACACUGUGAAAGAGAAGAAUAAACAUCAUAGCUCUGAAAAGUACCAAUUAACCACAUCAAAUAAAUUGGUGACACAUGGAAAAAAUACUGCAGUAAAGAAGCAACAAAUACCAAUAUCAAAUGAUUUUAGGAAGCAUGAAAUUAGUACUACAGAAAAGAAAAAUCCACAUCUCAAAGUUGAGAAAUACCAGUUACCCUCCUCAAGUAAACUGGAGAGGUAUGAAACUAAUAGUUCAGGAAAGAAAAAUAGUUUGUGUGACUUUGAGAAGUAUCAAGCUUCAUUGCCAAGUGAUCUCAUGAAGCAUCAAAGUGAUUCAGCAUUAGAGGAGAAUACUUGGCAUAACAUCGAUAACUACCAAAAAUUACCCCUAUCAAAUGAUGUAUCCAAACAUGAUAAAAAUCCUGUAGAACAGGGGAAAACCCAGCAUGGCUUUAAGAAGUACCAUAAACUAUCAUCAAAUGAUUUAGCAAAGCAUGAAAAUGUUGCUGCUGAAGGAAAGGCCAGAAGACCAGGGUCUGAUCAAACAAAUGACAGAAAAACAGAACUCCAGGACUGUGCAAGGACAGCAGCACAAGCAAAAUACAUAGCAGAAAGUUACAGUGAAGGACCCCUAAAUUCAUCUUUUAAACCAAUGAUAGUUAGAGUAAGUGAUACAUUUAAACAUCACACCUGAAAUAUCUCUACAGGUAAACUAAUGACCUCAAUUAUUUGUGUCAUCGGAUCUUUCUUUUUUCCAUCAGUGUUCAAGACAUUAAAUUAUCACUUUGUAAUUGCAUGGAUAUUGAUGCGUAUUUCUUAGGGUGCGAUUCUUUUCCCUUUCUUAAACACUGGCCAGAAGAUCACUGCAAAUAGAUCAUCAAAUGAAUCAUCAAUUUAUUAUGAGAGGGCCUGAGAGAUCAUCAACAAUUUAAUCCUGCUCCAAUCUCUCCUUGAUAAAUGCUCAGUUUUGUUUGUAACUAGGGUAUUUUGAGGAUGAACUUUCCUUUGUAUUUACUCAUUCUAAUAAAACGCUGUUACUACUCCUUCUAGGAAUGGCUUUAGACAAUGUCAGGCUUCGUUAGGUCAAAAAUGGCCACUUAAGUUCUAGCUUUAAAGCUGUAAAUGCAAAGGCUGAUCCUUGCUAACAUGAAUAAUGUUUCCAGGGUAAUGUGCGGAAAGGUAGAUGCUUCCUUUAUCUGCAGGAAAGUCCUGAGAGGACAAUAUGUUAAAUAAUUUACUGUCGGGCGCUUAUGUUCUGUGGUAUAAAUAUUGGGAAAAUAUUGAUUGAACCUUCUGUCAAGAUAUUUACACUUUCGGGUGUGUACAGUAUUGAUAUGUGUUUGUAGAAAUAGGUUAUUUCCUCAUGCAUGUCACGCUAGAGCUACUCCUGUGUUCACAAAGGGCCAUAACGCAGCAACUACAAGUACUCACAAAGGGCCCAGUCCUGUAAGGUGCUGAGCAGGUCAAUGAAAACAGGCUGCUGAGAAUGCUGCAGGAGGGGUUCAGCACUUUGCAGGAUUGGGGUUAAUUUGCCUUUGUGGCAUAUCAGGGGCACACAGGCCCAAGGCAGGCAUUGCCAUGGAUAUUAAAGUGACUCAUUGGAAAGUCUUAUCGUGCUCAUGCUUUCCUGUCAAGUGUAGCAAGUGUUUACCGUAGUACGAUAUGAAACUUGAUAAUAAUGAGCAGCCAAUGUCACUGAAACGUGCUGGUGGAAUGUGAUGUUCAGAGUGGACAAUAAUAGCAACUUCUGCGUAAAGUUUGCGUGUCCCAGGCUUUGCUUUGGUAGACAGGAUGGGUUUGUUAUGUUUGCUUCUUUCUGCUCAGCUGCUGAACAGAAUGUAGCUGCAAAAUGGAAUCUUGCUGUUAAUGCCACAUAACACCCUGUGGUAGGUAGGUAGAUAUUAAUAUAAUAAAGUCAACUCUCACAUGUGCCAGCGUAUCUGCCUUGUUUUCAUAAGUCGGGCACUGUGGAGAGAAGCCUUUUCUAAUUAAAAAGGCCUUUCUUUAAAGGGCACUUCCUAAGGGCUUUGAUUCAUUAAAUGUUAUCCACAGCCAUCCGUACACAGAUCCUGGCUCUUUGACAGCCAAGGCCAGCCUGCCUGAAAAGCCAAUUAAAACCCCAAUCUUUUAAGUGGCAGUAAGCUUCUGAAAGUUGCAGAGCUAAUUUAGAAGGGGCAGAGUUUAUGCAAAUAAGCUCUUCCUUACCCACAGUCUACUGCACCACAUUCCUUUGACUAUGUUAGACACUGUCUGCAGCUACGCAGUACGUUUUAGUGGUCUGGUUGUUGCUUGUUUCCCAGACUGGCAGAAUGCUCCUCUAUGACUCCAGCCAAGAGAAUGAUGACAUGAGCAGACUGGCAGCAUGCUAAAUUCAAAUCCCUUUGAUGACAGUAUGAAGAGCACAGAUACACAGACGACAGCUGGGCUGGGCAGGCCGGGGACACUGCUUUGAGAGGUGACAUGGAACACAGUGUUCCCUCCCUGAUAGCUAAAGAAGGUGAUAGUUAAAAUUUUUCCUUGAAGACGUAGCAUUAGCCUUCCUGGUAGCAAGAAGCUCAUGGAGUGAAAUCGUCCCCUCCCCACCCCCCAUGCAGAGGGCCAGAUAAAAGGAGUGUGCCCCCCUUAAAGCCACAAAAUUGGGAGUAAGUAGAAUUUAUGGGUUGUAUAAUACUGGACCUCUGCACAGGGGGGGAUUCCAUUCAUGGAGACUUUUUGA